AUGUCACCUGUCUGCAGCAGCCAGAUGGUCGCGGUAGCAUGCUUUUUUGGGGGGGCCUUGCCUGCCAUCCUGGCCAUGCGCAGCACCGUCAAUGACCUCCGCAAGGACGAUGAUGCUCCUGCAAUGCCCACCCGCCGCUUUUUGGAGGAUGGUCUUGACUACCUCAACCACAUUGACCAGCCACAAGAAGCAAAGGCAUACUUGCGAACCAGCGGCUUGCGCGCAAUGCCUUGGCCAGGAAGCCAGGGGUGGAUUACAACCUUCGAGAAUGCGGUGAAGUCGUUGCCGAGCGGCGUAGAAACCGAUGAUCACCAGGGCACACCCAUCGGCGAGGGCGAAUCCAUUGGCCUCAUGGCAGCCACCAUGCAGAUGGAUGCAGACCAGCUGCAGCUCCUGCCUGCAGCCUUCCAAAAGGGCCUCUUCGCAACUUGCCCAGCAGCGGGCUGUUCACCAUGGCCAGUAGCGUUGCGCGUCUCCCACACGAACGCUGCAGAUUUGGACCUCCUCCGCAUAGCCAUGAAGAUUUCCCUUGGGAAAGACGAGGAGAACCAGGAGGCCAACCUGCUCUUCACGGAAACGCUGCAGAGCUUUCCCAUCGCUGACGCGAAGCAGCUGGAGGGGUUUGUCAGCGUUGUCAAGGCCAAGAAUGAUUACACUCAGGCCAACAACUUCUUUGGCAAAUUAGGGGCUGUCGGCUCCAACAUCGGCAACCUGGGAAAGAUGUUGUCUCUCAAGCAGACUCAGGCAAACAGCAAAGUCCUCAAGGAAAAGUACGGGCAGACUGUCACAAGCACGGGGGCUUUGGCCAAAACCUACCAUUCCCUGACGCCGUAUCGCAUCGGGGACUCUGACCAGCCCGGGGCCAUGAAGUUCCGCCUGAAGUCACUGCAGCCAGAUGUCAAGUACCCAUCUUCCAUAACAGAGGGCAGGAUGAGCUUCAAAGAGGCCAUGCGCCAGCAGGUGGUGGGACAGGUGCAGGAGGGCGUGACGCAGUUUGAGUUCCAAAUCCAGGUGGCCACCAACCCCAACGACCAUCCACUGAACGAUGCAAACGCAGAGUGGAGCGAGACGUCAGCUCCGUGGGUCACCAUGGGACGGGUCACUAUCCCCAAGCAGGAGUUUGUGUACCCACCGGAUGUGAGCAACGUUGUAGGGUCUGGCUUAUGGACUGAUGGUAAGGCCACUUUCAAUUCCAAGGAGCUGGUCUUCCCGCCCAACGAGAGCCCGCACACCCCGCUCGGGGACAUCAAUCUCUUCCGCUCGUACCUCUACACCAAGUAUGACUUCACUCGCCAGGAGCACUUGCUGGGUAAGAACCCAGGCUGGCCAGCCAGGUGCCCCUUUGCGAACAUGGCUGCUGCGUUAGGCGGCACCCGGUGA